UGCAAACGUAUAUGAACUGCUCAGUAAUGGGGAUCGCUGUGAACCUGGGCGCUUGCAUUUCCUCUAAACGGAGAGAGACGGACGAAUAACAGACUCGACAUCGGUAAAGUGUGCUAUUUAAAAACUGGAGCACUGCGUUCGUUUAUAAUAUUUGUGUUUAUAACCGUUUUUAUUUAUUCUCAAAACGUUGCUGCCGGUCUUCAAAAUAUAGCCCGAUUAGGAAGUUCUCGUCAAUAAAAGCAGGAUAAUCGCACAUCAAGUCUAGUUCAAUCUUUCUCCAGACCGAUUGAAUAGCCGAUUCGAGGACUCCGAAGGAUUUCUUUAUCUAUUGGCCACUACGUCCAUGUCUUUGAAGACGGAUUAUCCAAACCAUUCAACAAGAAAUGUCCGCCACACUGUCCCGCUGGCCAUCAAGCAAGCCCAUUGAGAAAUGUGGUUACACUUACAAUUUCAGGAAACUCCUUCCUAUCGAGACCUUGGCUCCCCAAGAAUGAGCUGUCAAUGACUUAUCCUCCAGGCCUGUCGUCUCUACCCGGCUGGGGAGUCUUCUAGAAGGGGGCCCCUCUUGACCACAAUGAAAGGGUUAGGAGCCAAACGCAACCGCCAUCUGUCUGACUCCUGCGACCCCACCCAGGGCCCCCCGGAGCCCCUGUACUCACACCAGGCCUCCACCCUGCCUCGGAGCCCCUAUCUCCUCAGCCCCACCAGCAUGGACCACUACAGCACCAUGGAUCCCCGCCACUACAACCCCAGUAUGGAAGCCCACCACAACCAGGGAUCCCUGCCCCCGGACUACUCCCUCCCCCUCAACAACCAGCUGUCCAACAGCAGCACCUUCCCCCAUGUCCACUACAACUCCCAUUAUGACCCCAGCGACUUCUCCCCGCCACAGGAGGACAGCAUCGGCGGCAUAAGUACAGGAACCCUGGGCACCUCCAUGUCGAUGGGGAUGGGGAUGCAUGGAAUGGGGGGCCUGCAGAGCAGCCGGGGGGCCAUGAUCACCAGUGGUUCUGCUACUAUCUCCGGCGGGGCCAAGAUGAACCGGCAGUUGCAGCCCAACCUGUUGGACCAGUUGGAGAAGCAGCUGCCCGGGGGGCCUCGUGACGGCUUCAGCACGCUGCAGUUCCACCGGGGCACAUCGGCUGCCCUCUCCGUCGCCUCCAAGCAGCGCAACGACAGCCCCGGGCGCAUCCGUAACCUGAUGUGCUCCGUCCAGAAGCUCUUCGCCAAGUCACAAUCCAUGGACGGUCACAACCUCAAGGGCGUCAACGGGCGUUCGGGGACAGGUAGCGGUAGCGGUGGGACCUCGUCCGGAACCGAGGACAGCGGGAAGCGGGACCGGCGAGCAAAGAGCAAAGACCGGGGUGGAGCCAAGUCAGAUGGGGGCGGGACGGGUAAGCGGCGGCCGCGUUCCAACAUGUCGGGCUACUGGAGCUCGGACGACCUGGACAACGCCGACCUCAGCAACUACCGCAACCCCAUAGCCAUGACGCUGGGACGCCCCACCACCCAUGCCACCCAGCACACCACCCAUGGUAUUACCUACGAUGCUCAGCAGGGGGCACUACAGCAGCAGCAGGGACAGCAGAGCCGCUACGUGGUCCACAGUGGCUACAACACCAUUAGUUCAUCUAAGAGCAGCAACGAAGUCAUGAAGUACCAGCAGAUGCUGGCAGGACCCGGAGGUGGGGGAGGUGGGGGAGGAGGGGGAGGAGGGAUCAGCAUGGGGGUGAACACUAAUGACUUUAUAAAGGGAGGUUCGUGGUCGACGCUGACCCUGGGUCAGCCCAGGCAGGUGCUGCAGAAGGGCCACUCGGCUACCCUAGACCGGUCCAUGCUCAAGUCCAAGUCGUGCCAGCAGGAGCUGGCCUGCCACUACCUGCAAGUGGGCCGACAGGGGGACUGGAGUAGCACGCUGGGCCGCAGCGGCGGAGGAGGAGGAGCCAAUGAGAUCCCAUGUCGGCGCAUGCGGAGUGGCAGCUACGUGAAGGCCAUGGGUGACCUAGAGGACAGCGACGACUCAGACGGCAGCCCCAAGCCCUCGCCCAAUAUGGCCGCCCGCCGUCAGAGUUACCUCAGGGCCACCCAGCAGUCUCUGAGCGACCAGCUACCGCCACGCAACUGUCUUCCUUCACUGCGAGAGCUGUCUACUAAUCGUAGCCUGGACAACCUGGACUGUCUGGGGGAUCCGGUGAGGGGCUCCCUGUUCCCCCGCUGGGAUGAUGAGGACCUCAGCCAGGGAGGCGGCUGCAGCACCCUGGGGAGGAGCAGCUACAUGGGCCAGCUGCAGGACCUGGAGAUGAUUAGCCAAUGCUACGACGAAAGCUGCUCGGCGUUCCGAGAAUCCCACACACUCUCACACUCCCAUUCCCAGGCGGUGGAGCCUCCAGAUCUACCAAUGCCCACGUGCUUCCGAUCCCGUAGCCAUAGCUACCUGCGGGCCAUCCAGGCCGGAUGCUCACAGGAUGACGACACUGCUUCCGUGGACUCGGAUUCACCGCCGCCCACCGCCACUACCGUUCACACCUAUAGCACCAGCACUGUCUCCACAUGCAUCACCACCUGUAAGAAGCCUGUGCCACCACCCGUGCCGCCCCGCACCACUUCCAAGCCCUACAUCUCUGUGACGGUGCAGAGCAGCACUGAGUCAGCCCAGGACACCUACCUGGACCACCAGUCUGAGCGUGAUCGCCGCAGCAGGACCAUUACCAGUCAGUCCAGCCAGGCCCACAGCAACUCCUCCGACAGCCUCGACAGCACGCGCGCCAACAGUUUGGCUCGGGGUCUCCCUUGGCCCAUCCCCGUCCCUGUCGCCACCCCCCGGGAACCCCUCACCACCACCACCGUCCACCACACCACCACCGGGACUGACACCAACGACUCCCAGCGUGAAGCCUUGAAGACGACAGGCACCAACAGGGGGAACCUGAUGGCAGAGGAGCCCCUUGCGGACAUCGUGCCCCGGAGGAAGCUUUCCUCCAUAGGCAUACAGGUUGACUGCAUUCAGGAGGAAGUCCAACGAGUGGAGACACCGACACCACCAUUGGCCAGAUUCCAGUCAAUCGGAAUACAGGCGGACGACGGCUGGCAGCUCAGUCGCUCCAGUAACAUGGCUUCCAAGCAGGAGACAGACUCAGACCUACAGGACCUCCCUGUCAUCUCCCACACCAAGCCCGCCCCCGAGAAGAAGAGCAUGGUCAACAACGCCUGCCAAUCCAUGGACUCUCCCCCGAGCGGCGGCCAGUUCAGCCAAGGCAACGGAUCAAAUCCCACCGCUGACAACAGUACGUCUCCACCUCCGCUACGGCAGUUCCUCAACCGCUCCACCACACGGUCCUCCUCCGACUCCUUCGCCGAGAGCCUGGAUCCGGCCCUGGACCCCUCGUUCCUACCCCCUCCGGACCCCUGGCUGGAGAGUGGGAAUGAGAAUGGGGGCAGUGGGAACCCUAACGCGGUGCCCCCUCCAGGCCCUGCAUGCCGGCGGGACGGCCAUUGGUUCCUCAAGUUGCUGCAGGCAGAGACGGGCCGCAUGGAGGGCUGGUGCCAACAGAUGGAGCAGGAGACCAAAGACAACCAGCUCUCAGAGGAGGUGUUGGGGAAAGUCCGCAGUGCAGUGGGCAGUGCUCAGCUCCUCAUGACCAAGAAAUUUGAGCAGUUCAGAGGACUGUGUGAACAAAACUUGAAUGUGAACGCCAACCUGAAGCCCACAGCCCAGGACCUGGCAGGCUUCUGGGACCUGCUGCAGCUCUCCAUCGAGGACAUCAGCCUCAAGUUUGAUGAGCUCUACCACCUGAAGUCCAGCGACUGGCAGCCCCCUGCCGUGGCCCACUCGCCACCCGAGCGGAAGGAGGAAAAGAAAGAGUCCCCUCCUCCAGUGCCAAAGAAGCCCGUUAAGGGGAGGCCGAUGCUGGGACGUGAGAAGAGCGUUGACUCCGCCUCUUCCACCUCUUCAGCGGAGAAGCACCGGACGGAGGCCCGCAGGCGACUACUGGCCGCCAAGAGGGCCGCCUCGGUUCGGCAGAACUCAGCCACGGAGAGUGCCGACAGUAUUGAGAUCUAUGUCCCCGAGGCCCAAACACGUCUCUGAGAGAGAGAGAGAGCGAGAGAGGGGGAGAGGGAGAGGGAGAUAGGAGGAACUGCCUCUGAGAUGGAGGGGAGGGUUGGGGUCUUCUCGCCAUACACACACAGGGUAGGCUGGUCCUGGUGGCAGCAAAUCUAGAUUAAGUGAGAAAGAGAGGAAACAAUAAAAUAAAAACUAUUGGGCUGUAGACUAUGGGGAACUCUCGUCUCCUCUCACGAGGCUGCCAUGGAAAAACCUCAACCGCAAACUUUGUUACUAUUGUUAGUACUCUUGAUUACAAAAAUUAUAAAAAUGGUUAUUGAUGAUGUUAUUAUCUCCUAAAGAACCUAUAUCAAGACUGUUUUAGAUGUACCUGUAUCUUGGCUGUAACAGAUCUAAUAAGGGGACAGAGUAAGCAUUUGUGCUUUCCGCCGCUCCUCCCUGACUCCCUCCCCCAUGCCUUGGCCAACACCUAGUUUGCACAACGCCACCAUGUGGUUUAAUGUACACACUUACUCAGAGGAGCACACACACACACACACACACACACACACACACACACACACACACACACACACACACACACACACACACACACACACACACACACACACACACACACACACACACAUACGCUUCAGACCCUCAGCUAUCUAUGUCUUCCUGGUGCUUUUUUGUUUGUUUUUAUUUGUUUUGUAAGAGCCCCUUGCUUGCAUUCAAAGCAGUUCUAGAUUUUUAAGAGGUUUUGGAGAGCAAGGAACCGAGAACUAAGGGUGGAAAUGACAAGUAUCACCACUUGUAUAAGUGAGAUCUAUUGAAAAGCACAAUUGAUGUUUACUUAGUUCAUUUUUUGUUUAAAAAAAAAAAAGAUGUAUUUUUAUUUUUUAUUUAUUCAACAUUUUAGGUACUUUUUAACUGACUCAAAACAUACUCACAAGUCAAUAUUUUCUGGAAUGUAAUUUGGAUAUCCUACUAUUCCAUUGAGAUUAUAUUGUUUUCUGCCAUUUUAGUUUUAGGAUGUAUUCAUCAGCCAAUGUCCACAGUCCCAUGACAAUGGCCACGCUUUGUACAUUCAUUUCUUUGUAUUGCUCUGUGAAUUUAUUUCUAGGUCAUAUUCAUUAGGCACUUAAUCAGUUUCACCUUUUGCUACAGUGUGCCCUAAUGAAUAAUAUCAUUGUGUGGGUAUAUCAGAGCAAUUGAAUAUAAUUCAGGUUUGAGUGAAGGACCAGGACCACCAUUGAGAACAAUCCCACUGUGCAAAAUGUGUUUAAGUCUGCAUUGUUUCCUCAUUGUUUCAAGAUCCUUUACCAGCGUAAUGAUGUUGCAUCAUUGUGGCUAUUUCAUUGAACAUUUAAAAAGCCAGUAGGUUUUUAAAGUAGGUACUUCCAGCAACUCAAGCUGGGUUGCAGCAGCAGCAAUAUCACAGGAAUUGAAAGGUUAGAGGGGUUUCUUUCCCCCAACUUCUGCCCUACGUCUCUCUCUGCAAUGAACCUUUUGUUGUUUUUUUCAAUGAGUAAAUUAGUUGGCACGGAUGCAGGUGCGUUUCCCACAUGGGACCCUCACUCAAUAUACAUGGAAAACAUGUGGUCCAUUCCACCGUGAAAUUCCAGUCACUCCAACCAUGAUUUGAAAUGCCCUCCUAUAGAGAAUUUAAAUGGAAUUACGCCCAAUUUGGACUUGUAGUUAAGCAUUAAUUAACUUUGACUAAUGGCUGCACACUGCAAUAGGCAAUGGGAAUUUGAUAUUGAUACAUUACACUGAAUAUUCGGUACUACUAUAGGUAUUUGCUACUGCAGGUAGCCGAGCGGUUAAGAGCAUUUGGCCAGUAACCGAAUGGUCGCUGGUUUGAAUCCCCAUGCCGACUAGGUAAAAAAAUCUGUCUGUGCCCUUUAGCAAGGAACUUAAGCCUAAUUACUCCUGUAAGAUUAAAAUCAUGUAAGUGUAAUAUAUUUUUCCACAUCAUGGAUCUUGAUCAGACACCCUCUUGGAGACAAGGGAAGGGACUAGGAGAGGAAACCCUGUCUGACUAUUGAGAUGCUUCAGUGACACUGUGUGAAACCAGGAAGUUGUUAUUUUAUCUUCCUAUUGGUCAUAUUUUGCACUACAUCUCAAAUGUCCAUGACACUUUUGGAGGGAACAAAUUCAUCCUGGAAUGAAGAAACGCAUAGUUUUUCAAAUUUGUUCAACCAUAUUGCUAUCUACCAUUGUUGUUUUUGUUAAAUAUCAUCCCCAAAUGCCUACACUUUUUUUAAAUUGAGACAAAUAAUUAAAUCUCUAUUACAUUACAUAAAUGUCAUUUAUUUGCCAUCCUUUGUUUUUGAAAAUGCUGUUGGUACAAAAAAAGAAAUGCAUUAUCAUUGUGCCUCUAUGGGAAGUAAGUAUAGUGAUAUCAAAGCUGAUUCACUCUUUUAAUAGGUCUGUGAAAGUGGAAUGGGGGCCUCCCGAGUGGUGCAGCGGUCUAAUGCACUGCAUCGUAGGCAUCACUACAGACCUGGGUUCGAUACCAGGCUGUGUCACAGCUGGCUGUGACCGGGAGACCCAUGAGGCGGCGCACAAUUGGCCCAGUAUCGCCCAGGUUCGGGGAGGGUUUGGCUGGCUUGGAAUUCCAUGUUCCAUCGCGCUCUAGCGGCUCCUUGUGGCGGGCCGGGCGCCUCUCACGCCGCCUUCCUCCUACAAAUUGGUGCGACUGGCUUCCAAGUUAAGCAAGCAAUGUGUCAAGAAGCAGUGUGGCUUUCGGAGGAUGCAUUGGAUCUCAACCUUCACCU